GACCAUUGCCUGUACCAAACCUCCACUCCCUGUCAACCCUCUUUCCUUGGCUGCUUGUCUUGAAUUUACCCAACAUGCCAUCGCCCAGAAGGACCACCCAGAGCCAGGCACCUCCAGAGACUGAAAGAGGCAUCGAGCACCCAGGUCCUGUCUGUCUGUCUAUCUUGCAUUCUGCAUUCCAAUUGGAGAGGCUGAGGACAACCAGGAGUUUUAGAGAUGUUCAUCUUCAUUUUUCUGUCCUUGUGGACUCUUCUGGUAAUGGGCAGGGAGGAAGGUGGUGCUGGGAGUGAGAAACAAGUUGGGAAGCAAUGUCAUCCCAGUCUGCCUCCCCGCUGCUCCUCCGGAUCCCCCAGUGUCCAACCUUGGACACAGCCUGACCAGAGCCAGCUGUUUGCAGACCUGAGCCGAGAAGAGCUGACAGCUGUGAUGAGCUUCCUGACCCAGAAGCUGGGGCCAGACCUGGUGGAUGCAGCCCAGGCCCGACCCUCAGACAACUGCAUCUUCUCGGUAGAGCUGCAGCUGCCCCCCAAGGCGGCAGCCCUGGCCCACCUGGACAGGGGGAGCCCCCCACCUGCCCGGGAGGCACUGGCCAUCGUCUUCUUUGGCGGACAACCCCAGCCCAAUGUGACUGAGCUGGUGGUGGGGCCACUGCCCCAGCCGUCCUACAUGAGGGAUGUGACUGUGGAGCGUCAUGGGGGGCCCCUGCCCUAUUACCGACGCCCUGUGCUUCUCCGAGAGUACCUGGACAUAGAUCAGAUGAUCUUUGACAGAGAGCUGCUCCAGGCUGCUGGUGUCCUCCACCACUGCUGCUCCUACAAACAAGGAGGACAAAAACUGGUGACCAUGAACUCAGCUCCCCGUGGCGUGCAGUCAGGGGACAGGGCCACCUGGUUUGGCCUCUACUACAACAUUUCUGGGGCUGGGUUCUUCCUGCACCCUGUGGGGUUGGAGCUGCUAGUAGACCACAAGGCUCUGGACCCUGCCCAGUGGACCAUCCAGAAGGUGUUCUUUCAAGGCCACUACUAUGAGAGUCUGGCCCAGCUGGAGGAGCAGUUUGAGGCUGGCCAGGUGAAUGUGGUGGUGAUCCCAGACAAUGGCACAGGUGGGUCCUGGUCCCUGAAGUCCCAGGUGCCCCCGGGUCCCACUCCACCUCUGCAGUUCCAUCCUCAUGGGCCCCGCUUCAGGGUCCAGGGCAAUCGAGUGGCCUCCUCAUUGUGGACUUUCUCCUUUGGCCUUGGAGGUUUCAGUGGUCCUAGGAUCUUUGACAUCCGCUUCCAGGGGGAAAGAAUUGCGUAUGAAGUCAGUGUCCAGGAGGCCUUGGCCAUCUAUGGUGGAAAUUCUCCUUUGGCCUUGAGAGGCCGGUAUGCAGAUGCCAACUUUGGUUUGGGGUACUUUUCCACACCCCUGAGCCGUGGGGUUGACUGUCCCUAUCUGGCUACCUAUGUGGACUGGCACUUCCUUCUGGAGUCCCAAGCCCCCAAGACACUACAUGAUGCCUUUUGUGUGUUUGAGCAGAACAAGGGCCUGCCCCUGAGGCGACACCACUCAGAUUUUCUUUCCCACUAUUUUGGGGGCGUUGUAGAGACAGUGCUGGUCUUCAGGUCUGUGUCCACGAUGCUUAAUUAUGACUAUGUGUGGGAUAUGGUCUUCCACCCCAAUGGGGCCAUAGAAGUCAAAUUCCAUGCCACAGGCUACAUCGGCUCAGUGUUUCUCUUUGGUGCUGCCCGAAGAUACGGAAACCAGGUUGGGGAACACACACUGGGCACCGUCCACACCCACAGUGCCCACUACAAGGUGGAUCUGGAUGUAGGAGGACUGGAGAACUGGGUCUGGGCUGAGGACAUGGCUUUUGUCCCCACGGCGGUACCCUGGAGCCCUGAGCACCAGAUACAGAGCCUGCAGGUGACCCGGAAGCAGCUGGAGACGGAGGAGCAGGCCGCCUUCCCCCUGGGAGGGGCCUCCCCUCGCUACCUGUACCUGGCCAGCAAGCAGAACAACAAGUGGGGGCACCCUCGGGGCUACCGCAUCCAGACGGUCAGCUUUGCUGGGGGGCCACUGCCCCAGAACAGCUCCAUGGAGAGAGCCUUCAGCUGGGCAAGGUACCAGCUGGCCGUGACCCAGCGGAAGGAGGGGGAGCCCAGCAGCACCAGCAUCUAUAAUUUGAACGACCCCUGGAGCCCCACCCUGGACUUCAGUGACUUCAUCAACAAUGAGACCAUUGCUGGGCAAGACUUGGUAGCCUGGGUGACAGCUGGUUUCCUGCACAUCCCACAUGCAGAGGACAUUCCCAACACUGUGACAGUGGGGAAUGGUGUGGGCUUCUUCCUGCGACCCUACAACUUCUUUGACCAGGAGCCCUCCAUGGAUUCUGCUGACUCCAUCUACUUCCGGGAGGACCAGGAUGCUGGGUCCUGUGAGGUUAACUCCCUGGCUUGCCUGCCCCAGGUUGCUGCCUGUGCCCCUGACCUCCCUGCCUUCUCCCACGGGGGCUUCUCCCACAACCAGGUGGUUCUUGGAAUGGGGAAUGGGGCUGGGACCCCAGGGCCAGGGGUGGGGAUGGGAGGGGACGGGCCCUGAGCUGGGGAGCCUGGGUCCUCUUCUCUCUCCUCACACCCCGAGGUCCUCUCUCUCCCAUCUUCCUCCCUUGCCUCCCCCUCCCUGCCGGGAGCAUCCUGAAUCUGUGAUGCCUGAGACAGGAGCUUCUCAGCUCUGUGGACCCCAACCUGCUGGGUUCCUGUCACAGAAAGGAAAGGAAUUGCCAGCGAGGAUUCUGGAGUCAUGGUUAUACUUUCCCCAGAAGACUAUUUUUUUAAAGUUUUUAAAAUCUUAUUCUUUAAAUAAGAUAUAAUUCAUAUACCAUGAAGUUCAUGCUUUUAACAUGUAUACUUUAAUGGGUUUUAAUAUAGUCAUAAAGUUGCAUAACCAUGACUACUAUCUAAUUCUAGAACAUUUUCAUCACCUCAGAAAGAAACUCCAAAUUGUGUUAGCUAUGCUUUCUAUUUCCCUCCAACGCCUUCCCAAUUCUACGUAACCACUAAACCUUUCUGUCACGACAAAUGUGCCUAGAUCCUGGAAAUUUCACAUAAAUAGAUUCAUGCAAUGAGUGGUC